AUGUUUCUCCGCAAAGCCGUGGCUUCGCUCGCCAUCUGUGCUUUGGCAUCGACUGUCAAUUCUGCUUCCAACUCUACUGCAUUCGACUCCAACACACCAUGCGAUGUGUCUGCCAUUGAACUACUCGCUCCGCAGACAACCAUCCUCAACAUCACGGCCAAGAGGAUAGAUAACUACCCUGUUCCCCAAGGGCCAUAUUACGAUGUCUUCGUCCCGUUGUCCUCCGCGCCCUCCAACGUCAGCUUCUGCAACGUCACCGUCACGUACACGCACCCUGGCUGGGACGACACCAUCCAAGUGUUCGUCGGGUUGCCGCUGCAAGGCUGGAACCGCAAGUUCCUCGCCCUCGGCGGCAGCGGCUUCUCGACCAACGCGCCCCUGGACAUCCUGCCCGUCAUGGCCUCCUUUGGAUACGCCUCCGCCGCGACGGACGGGGGGCACCUUUGGCAGGACAUCAGCUGGGCGCUCAAGGGCAACAGCAGCCUCGUCAACUACCCGCUCCUCGUAGACAUGGCCUCGGAGUCGCUCAAGGACAUGACGGUACUCGGGCGGCAGCUGGCCGAGCUGCACUACGGCGAGCCCGCGGAGCGCGCCUACUGGGUCGGGUGCUCGCAGGGCGGCCGCCAGGGCAUGAUGGCGGCGCAGCGGUACGCGCACCUCUACGACGGCAUCCUGGCCAACGCGCCGGCCAUCCGCUGGAACGACCUGCUCGUCGGCAUGCAGUGGCAGUCGGUCACCAUGUACGAGACGGGCACGGCGCCGCCGCCCUGCGUCCUGGACGCCUUCACCAACGCUGCUAUUGCUGCGUGCGACGGCCUCGACGGCCUCGAGGACGGCGUCAUCAGCCUUCCCGGCUCCUGCAGCUUCGACCCGUACUCCCUGGUCGGCGAGUCCGUCAACUGCGGCGGCGGCGGCGGCGCCGACAAGAUCAAGGUGACCGGCAAGGACGCCUUCGUCAUCCAGCAGGUCCUCAGCGGCCCGCCGACGACCCCCGGCGGGAACAGCUCGCUCUUCGUCGGCUACAGCGUCGGCACCAACCUCUCCACCGCCGUGUCCACGAGCUGCGCCGACAACAACCGCAACUGCACCGCCAACGGCGUCAUCUUCGCCAACGAGUGGAUCCCCAAGUUCCUCGCCAAGAACUACGCCUUCAACCCGCUGACCAUCACCUACGACCAGUUCUACCGCUUCUUCGCGCAGGCCAAGCGCGAGUACGACUGGGUCAUCGGCACCGCCGACGCGGACCUGCGGCACCUUCGCCUCUCCGACACCAAGCUGCUCUCGUUCCACGGCUUCGCGGACGAGCUGAUCCCGCCGGCCAACACGGUGCGGUACUACCGCGAGGCGCUCGCGCUCGACGCGAACCUGACCGACUACUACCGGCUGUUUAUGGCGCCGGGCGUGAUGCACUGCGGCGGCGGGCAGGGGCCGAACCCGACGGCGAUGUUGCACGUCUUGGAGAGGUGGGUGGAGAACGGGACGGCGCCGACGCGGCUGGAUGCGGUGGCGACGGCGGCGAACGGGACGAGGGGGGAGCGCCAAGUCUGCAUGUAUCCGGAGUCUUCGAGAUAUACGGGCGGUGAUCCCACACUGGCUUCGUCCUUUACAUGUAGUUAG